GUUUCCAAGAUGGAGUUCGAAGAAUUGAAAGUCGAAAUUCCCGUUGACGAUGGGGAAAAAGACGAGAAAGAUUUCCCUUUUAACAUGGUAAUUAAGAGGCAAUGCACUCCAGAACUUGUCUUCAGCAUUUGCUUCAACAUUCAAGGUUUUUUGUUGUAUUUUGCACCCCAGGAAAGGCGAUAUGAAAACAAGUCCGGGGGUUUUGUUACUGGUUUUGAUGUCACUUCCAAGGUAAGUUUAUCAUAGUACCUAAAUCAUUCAUUUUCUCUAUCAUGUUUUAGUAUUUUGUCUAAAAUCCUCUGUACUAAAUAUUAAUUUAUUUAUCAGUUAGUAUCAGUCAUAGUAAAUUUUCUAAAUCUUAGUUCUAAUAAUCGAGUUAUGAUACGUUCAAUAAAAGCUCUCUUUAUACAGUGUAGAAGCUUUGAUUUGAUUUGAUUAUUUCUAGCCUGUUCCAGGCGUUCAGAUGGUGGGAAGCGAGUUAAAUUAUUUGCAGCACCCACCUUGAGAAAGAACCCUUGUUUUGUGAAGUUUAAACUAGGCAAGAAGGUUUUAUUCGCUGCCUCAGCAAAACGGAUCCGACUUUUAUUAACGUUAAGCCUUUUUUUAUCAACAAAGCCAACGUAAUCUGCCAGUGAUUCUUUGCAAGUUUUUAUAACAGACAAAUCACUGAAUGGGGAAUCAUAACAAUCACAUACUCAUUCAUUUAAAAUUAUUUUUCUUAUUUCAUUUAUAAAUUAGAUUCAUGCUUCAUUUGAGGAGGGGUUGGGAGGACCUCAAAGGCCAAUCUUUUUUUAACAAGGCUGGGAAAAUGAUUCAUGACAACUCUAGUUAGCUAGGACCCAAGUACCUUGUGAUCAAAGGCUUUUUAACAAUUAUUGCUCGAGCCUGAAUGGGCUCUGAGUCAAUAGCCCAUGAGGCCGAAGGCCGAAUGGGAUAUUGACUCAGAGGCCAUGAGGGGCGAGAGGAGUAAUUAUUGCUUUAGUAAAAUCCAACUAGUUGGUCAAAAAUAUUGAGAAUAAAAAAAUUUUGGCUAGUUAAAGCUAGACUUUAAUCCUUUUUUGCCGCCAAAAAGCCCGCACUUUUCGCUACUAGUAGGCUAUAACAUAUAGCUUAGUAGUAGCUCAACCAAUCAGAACGCAGCACUGAUAAUAGACCACUAGUGGGAUUUUACUAAUGAUCUUUCUAUGACAUGUCUAAAGACUGGUAAAAGGAAUAUGUUUUAUUGAUAAAUCAUCACCUUUUGUAGAUUAUUCCUGAGCUUGCUAAGUCACACCUUCAUAUAACUUCAGACAAACUUUAAAAAAAACUUGUUGCUGUUUUUUAAGUUUAACCUGAGUGCAAUCAUGUUGAUUGUCAGAGCUUCAAGUUCAAUGUUUUUCAAAGUCACCUUAAUUUUAGUGUUAUAAAGUGGAGCUGCCAGACAUUAAUCAUCAGCCACCAGAAAAAGAUGGUUUGAUGAUGCUUGAAUUGAGUAUGGCUAACAAUAUUAUGCUCCAGUGAUACUGAGCUCAUAGAUUAAAGAGCAGCUCAUAGAGCUUGCUCGAGCCCGAAUGGGCCCUGAGUCAAUAGCCCAUGAGACUGAAGGCCGAAUGGGCUAUUGACUCAGAGGCCAUGAGGGGCGAGAGGAAUAAUUGCUUUAGUAAAAUCCAACUAGUUGGUCAAAAAUAUCGAGAGUAAAAAAAUUUUAGCUAGUUAAAGCUAGACUUUAAUCCUUUUUUGCCGCCAAAAAGCCCACGCUUUUCGCUACUAGUAGGCUAUAACAUAUAGCUUAGUAGUAGCUCAACCAAUCGGAACGUAGCACUGAUAAUAGACCACUAGUGGGAUUUUACUAAUGAUCUUUCUAUGACAUGUCUAGGAAGGUAGAAGGGUCUCUUUGAAGAGAGUAACAUGUACACGGGGUGCCCCACUGAGAAGUCAAAGGGUCUGCAUUUUAAAACAUAUUUCCCCUGCCAUGUUUCCAUAUUGUUAGCUGCAUGGAAUGUGUGGGGGCUAAAAACUGAUUGCAAGUCAUAGAAUCAAGACAUCAAGUCUUGAAUAGAAAUUGCAAAUGUACAAGAGUGAAAAGGAAAGAUCCUAAGCUCUUUAAAGGUCCAGGAAAUGUUUGAAAGGCUGUGAGUCUUGUACCCUGUAGAUGCUGUGAAAGUGUAGACCUCAACUUUUCCGCUUGCAACAAAGGAGUAGCAGACGUCCCCACGAAUGAUAAGACCUUACUUGUGAUUUUGUCCUACAGGGCCCCUUUCCUUAAAAGGUGGAUCAUGGUUAAUUUUGUGUAAUAAUAAUAUGGUUUGUGUUUUCAUUCUGCUAGGAGGCUCGUGAGAGAAAAGCUAGAAGGGCAAAAAGAUUUGGACUCCAACAGAAAAACAAAGAUGUUAAAAAAACAGAGGAAAGUUCUGAUCAGGAAACCAAUACUGAGUAUGUGCCAAAGAGAAAAAUGAUAAAUUAUUGAGCUUCAUCCUUCAUAAAACAUCUGCUUUUAAAAUGGGCUAAGUCAUAGUAUUUUCAUUUAUAUUGCCUAUAAUUUUUUUCAAUUGUUAACUUUGAUCUAAAGACUGGUAAAAGGAAUAUGUUUUAUUGAUAAAUCAUCACCUUUUGUAGAUUAUUCCUGAGCAUGCUAAGUCACACCUUCAUAUAACUUCAGGCAAACUUUAAAAAAAACUUGUCGCUGUUUUUUAAGUUUAACCUGAAUGCAAUCCAUGUUGAUUGUCAGAGCUUCAAGCUCAAUGUCUUUCAAAGUCACCUUAAUUUUAGUGUUAUAAAGUGGAGCUGCCAGACAUUAAUCAUCAGCCACCAAAAAAAGAUGGUUUGAUGAUGCUUGAAUUGAGUAUAGCUAACAAUAUUAUGCUCCAGUGAUACUGAGCUCAUAGAUUAAAGAGCAUUGUGCUUUUCUUGUAAAUUGGAUUAUAUUUGUUUAUGUUUACAGGUUGCCCUCCAUUGAUGUGAAAGACUUACCAGCUAUUCCUGAAGGUAAUUUGUAACUUGUGUAUUAGACCUUCUUUUUUAUCCAACAGGACACUGAGAGUUUGUCACUACUUAUCUUUUCCUAUCCUGGACUUAACUGAAUCAGUGACGGACCUAAGGUCCAACACACUGGCCUCUUAGCCUCAGGGUCUUGCUCAUGAGAGAACCAAGUCAACUUACCAUUAUUGUAGGACCAAUCAAAGGGGGUUGUUAUUGGUCUGUUUAAUAGUAAUAAAAAUAAUUUAAUAAUAAUAUAAUAAUUUUAUUGAACUUUAAAAAAAAAAUGUACAUAAUUUACAGAAAUAUUUGAAUUAAGCACUAUGUAACAUUAAGAAUUAUAUAAAUCAUAAAAAUAGCAAUCACUGUGUCAAAAACGAUUUCGCAAAUACAUUCCUUGCAGCUCAGAUGCGGUCAAUGACUCUUGCAGGCAGUCUAAAGUUUUAAAUUAAGUUAUUACAAAAGAGAAUUGUUUGUCUCUGAUGUUAAAAAGAAAACAAGUUAAAAAGAAUAAAAUCUUGUAUUCCUAAAUUCCUAAUUCUUUAAAAAAAUAUCCUUAAAAAGAUUAAUUCGGACAGGCUCUAAUAUUAUCGAUCUGUAGGUCUGAGUCAACAAAGUAAUAAUAAUAAUAAUAAUAAUAAUAACGGUAAUAAUUAGUCAUGUUAAAAAUAUUUGUUUAAGUAGGAAAGCUCUCUCACCAACAGGUCAUGUACUGAGAGGUCCUGUUCUAAAACGUUAUUAAUAAUCCAUGACAAUACUACAAAAAAUCACAGAACAAGAGGCUGGACUCUGAAUUAUGAGAAGGACAAAAUACUCUUACAGUGAUAAAAAGGGCUUCAAAAAUCUACAUCCAUUUCACGUGAUUAUCUAUCACGUGAAACUUAAGUAAACACCUUUGAUCGUUGUCGUCCACGCACUUCGUAACCUCUGGUUAUUACUAGUUAUAUUUAGUAUUGUGGUUCUCAAAGUAAACAAAAAUAAAACCAACCAUGAAUAGCAUUGUAACAGUACUUUCUUUGCUUUCCUCAAUGAUUUGCUUCACAGAUGAAAGUCUAAGAUCAUCUUUGCUAUGUGUACUGUAUUAUUAUGAACAUUGUGCUGAAAAGUGUUAGAAACCAUUUUGAGCGAUAUUAAAAAUGAGGGAAGUUUCAAUGGUUAUAGUAACAGUAGGUGUACAUGAUUAUUUUUUGUUUGGUGUUUCAGGUGAAGCAAGGCUUGAUGCAAUUCUAAUUCAUGGUGUUGAUGAAAUGAGUACCAAAGAUAUCUUUGCAUAUUUUAAUGAUUUUGCCCCUGGCUCAGUGGAGUGGAUUGAUGACUCUUCAUGUAAGUGCAGUAUGGGUUGUCUCAUUGUCCUGCACUGUCAAUAUGAUAAACACCGCUUCUUUCUCAUCAGUCUCUAGUUAUCACAGAUAUGAAUACCGUAGAACCUCGAUAACUAGAAUUCCCAGCUAACUUGAACUAAAUUUCCUUUCCCUUGAUCAAAAUUUCACUGAAACUUCCCCUGAUAACUCGAAUUCCCUGCUAACUCGAAGUGUUUUUUGUUUCCCUUCAGAGUUUGAGUUACCAGGGUUCUACUGUCAUAAAAUAUUGUAAAUUCUGUUGUAGGUAAUGUUGUAUGGGAUGAUGACUUCACUGCAUCCAGAGUUCUCAUGGCAACAGGAAAAGAACUAGAAGGGAAAAAUGACACAAGUGAGUUGAGAAUACCGAAUUACAGUCAGACCAGGCCAAACCCUUCCACCAUAGAUGCUAUAAUGGACUGAUUAUUUGAAAGCUGAAUCUGUCAGACAUUGUUGUUAUUGGUAUAAAAAAAUAUUUGAAUAUUCCUCUAUGGGUGAUGAACAGUGAAUUUUAGACUUACUUCAUCUUCUCUCUAUUUGGUCGGUUUGAAAAAUCUUGCACACUUUGAAAUGGUAAAAAAUCUUUUGGAGACAUUUUAUAUUAAGGUCCACAAGAAAGCCCAGCUGACAGUUAGUGUUAACUACCUCUUAUGUGCGUAUUCACCCCCUAUUAAAUGCCGUGGAACCUCUGUUCAGGGGACACCCUCUGGAACAAGGCAAGUGUCCCCGGAAUAGAGGUGUCCCCUGAAUGGAAUAUGAGCUGGAGUUUGUUAAUAAUUAACCAACAAAUAAAAUGUAAUUUCUCUUAUAUUUUGCCUCAGAAUCUACUGAAAACACUAUUUUAAGCAGCUAGAUAAUGUUUAAAAAAUGUUGAUUAACUGUCUUAUCUCUGUGAUGUUAUGUGUUGAAUUCCCAUAAGUGAAGUACAUAGAUGUGAGUGAUAUAACUCAUGUUUUGAAAGCUGCCGCCACUAUGGGUAGUGAACACUUAAAAUUAUCAAUGAUUUUUGUGGUCAGUCACUUUUUGAGUGCUAAGGUGUCCCCCUCCUCCCUGAGUGGAGGUUAAAUCUGGAUUUUAUGACCCAGAAAUAGUGUCCCUUUCCCCUUAAUAGUGGUGUCCCAAAGGAGAGGUUCCACUGCAUACCUUACUGCACUUUUCACAAACAUGCGAAUUCUGAAGUUCAAAGGCCAACUGACGACUGCGUUUUUCGCUGCCAUCAAUCAUCUUAACGGACCUCAUAGGAAACAAAACUUUACUUUAACGGGUUCAAAAGAUCAUGGUUUGUGAUUUGUGAUUGGUGGAUUUCGAUCCGUUUUGUGUGUUUCUGUGUUUCAAGGUUCGUUGCUAGUGAUCAUAAUUAUGAUUGACGGCAGCGAAAAACACAAUUGUGAAGGCGUCUUUUGAACUUUAGAGUUCGCAUGUUUGUGAAAAGAGCAGUAGUAAGGAAAUGUAUUUGGUAUUGACAAUGACUAACAGGUUCAAUUUUCAUAAAUGAUAAUGAAUCCACUAGUAGGAUCUAGAUGGGGAUAGGAUUUACCUGGCUUGACUGUAAAAGACAAAUCGGCCUACUUCAGUCUUAUCGUGCUUUGGAUACAAACAGAACUUACACUAAAAUCAGUAAAUCUUUAGACUGUAGACUCCUUCCAACAGCUCCUUUCAUGGCUAUUUAACAAGUUUCAUAUAACAGAGUGGUUAUUUUUUCUGUUAAGCAGUAAAGAAAAGGAGCUAUAAUUGAUUAUUAUUUUCAUCCACCGAUUGACCACAGACCACUUACUCAUUAACAACUUAAUGAUGACAGGUGAUGAUAUAAGUGAUGCUGCAGAAAUCAGAUGGAAAUUAGGACCAACUCAUCCAAAAGCAAAAUGUCUUCUCAUGCGAUUAGCUACCAAAAGUAAGUAUCAUGCUUAGGUAUAUUUGAUUUAGGUCAAAAUCUUAUUCAGGUUGAAAAUUUUCAACAUAGGUUAUUCUCAAUUCCAUUGUAUCUUAGCCCCAACAUACACGAUCAAGAAAAUAGUAUUAGGGCUAGGAGACAAAAGAAUUGAGAAUCAAUCUGGGUUAAUCUGAAUUUUGUAUUGACCUGUAUCAUAUUCAUGUUCGUUUUUGUUUAAUUUUGAGAAGUUUAUAUUGGUCAGUUGUUUCUAUAUUGAGAAAGAAUUUGAGAACUUUGAAAACCUAACCUAAAUUCUGUAUUAAAAUGACAAGAAUUCUCUUAUAUAUUCUAUGGUAAGUACUUAAAGUUCAGCUGUACUUGUUUUAAUCAGUCACAUUUUGAUUUUAUAAUACUAGCUCACCUUAAAAAUAAUAUUUAUUACUUUAUAGUUCUCUUACCAGCACCUCUUGAUAUCCACAUUAUAGCCCUUAGGUAGAUAAGUGCUUUGUGUUCAUCAUAAAUUUAUCCUUGUCUUGUUGUCUGAGUGCUGGGGUUGAAUUUUAGAACCACAAAGACUCAACUGAGUAUAUUAAUUAUAUCUAUUGGUCAUUUUCCAUUUAAUUUACAAGUAAUAUUCAUAUAUUUUGCUGAUAAAAGUUAUUAUUUAAUUCCAGAGGAUAAAAAGAAACCAGGAGCAGCACAAAGAAGUUUGUAUUAUUUGAUUCAUGGAAAUCCAAACUCAAAAAGUAACACAGGUUGGUGAUUGUCUCAAGAAAAUUGCUAGUUCAUGUGGUAGGUGUUCUAAAGGGAGACCGAAAGGGAAAAUUCCCUGCUAGCAGAGACGUCUUUUCCGUGGUAUUUGAAUACCAGGGAAAAGAAGCCUGUGCUAGCUGGGUUAAGGGAAAAUUGUUUUCGAAAGAAUGACAAGGCCCAAAUCUUUGCAUGGAUAUCAUCACUGUUACUUUUCUUUUUUUUUUCUUUUUUCAGGUUUUAAGAAAGGUCUUGUCAGCUCAUCGAGGUAAUGCAUGAUUUAGGGACAUUGUUGUUACUGAAUUUUAAGAGUAAAAAAAUUUUGUCCAUUUUCACAAAAUUUUAGUUCUCAGCUAUUGUCCCUUUAGUAAAAUAAAUGGACCCAUCAUGUACAACCACCUCCCAUAAAACGACCAUUAAUACAAAACAGCAAAUAUUUUUCAAGUCAAAGGCAAACGUCUUAUAAAUUUCUAACUCUUGUGCCACAUUUGGGAGUAGCAGUUUUAAAAUUUUUCAUUGAUGUAUAAUCUGAUCUCUAAAUUCGAGGUACUUUACUUUGCACCUCAUACUGUAAGAGGGAAAAGGGUAAAGCCCUUGAGUCAGUUGGCAUCAAAUUUCUCCUUGUAAUAUCAGUGCUUUAUGAAACAGAGUGGCCAGCAUGGGAAUUAAGGGCACGAUUAAUUGAUUUUAUUUUUCUUAUUAUUAUGUUUUACAAAAGUACACUGGCCCACGGGUAGCUAGAGCUAAUCUUGGCGGGCCAGUCAAUUUAUGUGUAGGGAGUAUUAAAUUUUAAUUCUUUUAUGUACAUUUUAGUAUAUAUAAUAUAAUGCGGAAAAAUUAUGCAAAGGAUUUACAGCAACUAAAGGUUAUUUUAAAACUACUCAGGAGGCUUAAAGAGGCAACAAAGCAACAGAUGAGAAUUUAAAUUUUGAUGUUAGAGUUGAAAUGGUUAAGCAACAUACCGUUACUUUUUGCUUUGCCAUUAAGAAAUUGUGUGCUAUUACUUUUUCCUCAUUCCAAUUUGAAGAUGUGUCACACCUGUUUCAACCUCGUUCCUAGGGCCCCCUUCUACUCAUUCCCCCCAGCCGCCGAGUAGGACAGGAACCUGGGAACGAGGUUGUACCUGUUUCUAGAAGAGAGCCCCUGGUUCGACUUUCAUAAGCGACUACUAAUUCUGGACUGAAGCCGCCGGUGCGAAAGCCAAAACGCCAAGAUUUCCCUUCCUUGAUUUGGGGAGGUGGGAGGCGGGUUCUAAGUUCUCUAUUUAUUUUGUCCAAGAUUGUCUUAUGCACUGUUCCUAAGUUCAUCGUUUGUUUUCUCAUGAUUGGAACAGGAAGAGGAAAAUACAGAAAGAAAGAGAACGAGCAAAGCACAUGUUCGACAGCGGCCCUGAGGUACAGUUUCUUGAGAAAAUCGAGCAAGAGCAGGAGGAAAAAAUGGAAAUAGAUGAACCGCCCCUCAAGAUUGUAGUAACAAACGACGGACCCACAGAGGCGCCCGAGAGAAGCGAUUCUCCAAAUCUGCGCAUGCGUAUGUACGCGGAUACGGUGGAAGAGGAUGACAGUGAGAGUGAUGAUGAUGACAGAAGAGAAAGAAGAGAUAAAUGGAAGGGAAGAAUUGAAAGAAAGGAAGAGAAAAAAGAGGAAAUCAAACCACAGCCAACUUUGGACUUGCGAUCUAAACUUCUGAGUAGAGAACGCCAUGGUUUUAAUUUCAAAAACAGACCCUCCUUAUCCAUAGAAAUCAAAGAGGAGCCAACCUCUUGAUUUUAGUCUAAGUUUAUGUACAGUUAGGUACAGUUCUCAAUAGGGCAUUUGCACGAUGGCUUCUUUCGACCAGAAUCCUAUUACUUUAUUGCUUUAUAAAUUGUCUUUAUAAAUCCACUAGGAUUCAUAAAUUAGAUAAAACAAACAAAAUCGAAAUAAAUGGGCGAAAACUUUUAAUUUCAAAAACGAGGCUUUGUGCAAAACCUUUCUUGUGAAAAUGAGUCAUAUUUGCAUGAGAAUAAAUAGAGUACGAGCAGUCUCUCUUUUUUCUUGGUCCGUCGAGCAAAACGCCCGAGACACG